AUGCCUCUAGUGCUCACCUUUUCACUACAAACCAAGUCUAAGGUCAAGACGGUUGUGCUUGUUGGUUCGUGGGAUAACUACGUCGGACAACUUCCGCUCUCAAAGGACAAAAGUAAAGCAGCUCCAGGACAUUGGAAAGGAUGCUUUCGAUUUCACGCCCUAUCACCUACACAGCGUUCCUGGUACUAUUAUAUUGUUGACGGCUUUCAUGUCACCUUUAAUCCCGCUCAACCAUCUACAACUGAGCCCAUUACUAGACGUAUCUUGAACAUUCUUGAUGUUCCCGAUAAAAAAGCUCCUUCGAAGCCUUCUGCCCCCGUUUAUGACAAAAGCUCAUCGACGCCUUCCAAGAGAACGUCUCGUCGAGAAAGCUUGAACCUUGCGCUUGACAUCCCCAAGGGCCGACCUCUCUCCCUUUCCAUGAUACAAUCACCAAAGCCAGUCACUCCUCAUGCAGCCAAGUUUCUCCUGGAAGUCAACUAUAAUCCUGUGACGAGAGACGCAAUUUCAUCCCAUCUCGACGCUAUCGACAAACAUUCAUACACUCCAGAUAGCUCAACGCCGUCCUCUCUGACAUCGAGUCUCUCAUAUCGCUCUGAUAGUCGGUCACCUAGCUCUGUCAGCUCUCAGAGUGACUGUAGCUCAUCUCAGUCCGUCUGCAGCUGCUGCUGUGACGAAUAUGGAGAGCAUGAAGAAGAUAGUUUGAAGCUGAAUUAUAAUGGCGCACGGCAUGAUUAUUUAGGCUUUUCGGGGCUAUCUGGGUCGCCCGAGAAUCCACACCAUCAUGGAUGUACGGAAUAG